AUGAUUGGCGCUCCGAGGGGGGCUUCAUAUGCGGUCCCGUCAACGCCCCGGGAAGAAGCGUCGACCGCCACGACGCCGGCCAGUGUUAGAUGCAAUAGCGCAAAUCUGCAACCACGUGUGGUUGUACGGCACACCGAGGGCCGCGCUCGACACUACGCUGCCACACCAAGACGAGAGGCAAGCCACGAUAAGCCUGCAGGCGAUGAUCCUCACUGGGAUUCCCAACCAGGCCUGCCUAAUUCCCGUGCCUGUCGGAGAGGUCCAACGCGCACACCACCGUCGAAACAAGUGGCAAUGUUUCGACAGCCUCAUGCGACUCCAACCACGCGCCGGAAACGUGUGUCAGAGCCGUGCCAGAGUCGCUGA